AUGGCGAUUGUGCAAGGGUUUGGGUUGAGGUGGACCUCACUAAGCCUCUGCUCUCACAGUAUAAGAUUGAAGGGAUCGCCUAUUAUAUUGAAUUCGAAGGUCUCCACCGGAUAUGCUCAGAGUGGGAAGUAUGGUCAUUCGAAAAUGGCUUGUCCUAAGCUGGCACCGAAAACAGGAGUAGAGGUCCCACCAACCUCCCCACCUGAGGAACCAGUGCCACAGAGACCCCUCUAUGGGGAAUGGAUGGUGGUGAAGCCCAGAGGAAGGAACGUGACUAGGCAGCAACAUUUUGUUACAAACCAGGCAACGAACCAGUAG